AAGUUAGGUUACGGUAAUUUAAGGUUAGGUUUAUUUUGAUUUGUCUCACGUGCCUACCUCAGAAAACAUGACGAAAAAAUCGGUUAAGAGAAAACGCCAGGAACCGGAACCUAAGGUGGAAAAAGAAGAAACACCUCUUCCUGCCGUAAGGCAAUCAGACGAACCUGUCCCUAAAAGGUCAAAAUGGAUAAACAAACAGAGGGUAUUGGUGUUUGCCUCGAGAGGAAUAAGCCACAGGGACAGACAUUUAAUGGAGGAUUUAAAGAAACUAAUGCCCCAUCACAAACCUGAAGCCAAAAUGGAAAGAAGCAAAACUUUGUCGGUGAUCAACGAAAUAUGUGAAAUGAAGAAUUGCACAAAAGCAAUGAUGUUUGAGGGAAGAAAGAAGAAGGAUUUAUAUAUGUGGCUAAGCAAUGUACCCAAUGGCCCCAGUAUAAAGUUUUUAGUUGAAAAUAUUUACACCAUGGAAGAACUAAAAUUAACUGGUAACUGUCUUAGAGGCUCUCGCCCUUUGCUAAGUUUUGACCCCAUAUUCACAGAAAAACCCCACUUAGCCCUUUUAAAAGAAAUUUUCACUCAAGUUUUCGGCGUUCCGAGACAACACCCCAAAAGCCAACCAUUCUUUGACCAUGUCUACACUUUCUCGAUACUAGACAACAGAAUAUGGUUCAGAAACUUCCAGAUUCUUUCUGAAGAUGGCGCGUUGGCGGAAGUGGGCCCCAGAUUUGUUAUGAACCCAGUUAAGAUAUUUUCAGGCAGUUUUGGAGGGGUUGCUUUGUGGGAGAACCCCACUUACGUUAGUCCUGCCAGAUAUCGUCAACAAGUGAGGAUUGUGGCAAAGAAUAAAUAUUUGAAUAGAAUGCAGCAGAAGGCGCAUGCUGAAGCUACAAGGCCUAAGGAUGCCUAUAAUUUGACUCCUUUGCAAGACAUAUUCGAGGGGGAUAUUUUGAAGAAAGCUAAAGAAAUAGAGAAGAAGGAAAAUAAUAAAAUUGAAGAAGAGGAGGUGGAGGAGGAAGUUAAAGAAAAAUCCCCAAAAAAAAUAAAGAAAAAGAAGUUGGGAGUUAAAAGUAAUGGUUUAAAGAAAAAGGUAAAUGGUUCUCCAACAAAUAAAAAAAUAAAUAAGAAACUUACCACAAUAAAAAAGAAAAAGGUUAAAGCAACAUAAUUAUUCUUAAACUUAUCUAAUGUUUAUAACUCCAACAUAAACAAUGUGUUUUAUAAUUUUAUUGUUACAAUAAAUUGCAUUUUACAUUU